UUUGGAUUCCUCUUAUCGUUUUGUUUUUACACGAAGACGAUACUCUCUUACUGGGGCUCGAUAGUGUAUCUCUCUCUUACUUUCUCUUCUCUCAUCAACGUCGCCGUUGAAAUCGUCUCGCUUGUUCCUGAUUGAUUCAGCUUCCUCUGUUCAUCAAGCUCCUUACUUUUAGCUCUCACUUGAGAUCUUUCAUCGGUUAAACAUCGGCGGCGGUGAUUGAUUUGAUUUCUCCUAAGCUUUCUGCUAAAGUGUCGAGUCUUUUAGUUGCAACCAGAUUCCAAUGGACGCUCCUACCGAACAACAACAACCGGCUCAGCUCAGCUCCGGAAACGACCGUGAAGCUUUCCGACAAACCUUGUGGAACACUCUCCUGCGGCGUUCUUUCUACCUCCCUUCUUUCAAGAUUUACGGUGGUGUCUCUGGUUUUUACGAUUAUGGUCCUCCUGGCUUCGCUCUUAAGAACAAUAUCCUCAAAUUUUGGCGUGAACACUUCGUCUAUGAGGAGCAUAUGCUGGAAAUUGAAUGCCCCAGUGUCACACCAGAGGCUGUUCUCAAGGCUUCAGGGCAUGUUGAUAAGUUCACUGAUCUUAUGGUUAAGGAUGACAAAACUGGAACCUGUUUCCGCGCUGACCACUUGCUCAGGGAUUAUUGCAACGACAAGCUCGAGAAAGAUCAUCUUACCAUCUCUGCUGAGCAAGCUUCUGAACUGAAGAAUGUUCUUGCUCUCUUGGAAGAUCUUUCAUGUCAAGAGCUUGGUUUGAAGAUUAAAGAGUAUGGGAUCACUGCUCCCCACACUAAGAAUCCUCUUUCUGAUCCUUACCCAUUCAACCUCAUGUUUCAAACAUCCAUUGGCCCAUCUGGUCAGAGUCCUGGUUACAUGCGUCCUGAAACGGCACAAGGCAUUUUUGUCAACUUCAGAGACUUGUAUUACUACAAUGGAAAGAAACUUCCCUUUGCCGCGGCUCAAGUCGGUCAAGCCUUCAGGAACGAGAUAUCUCCACGUCAAGGGCCUCUUAGAGUUCGUGAAUUCACUCUGGCAGAAAUUGAGCACUUUGUCGACCCUGAGAAUAAGUCACAUCCUAAAUUCUCUAAUGUAGCAGAAUUGGAAUUCCUUAUGUUUCCAAGAGAGGCCCAACUCUCUGGCCAAUCUGCUAAAAAAAUCUGCCUUGGGGAAGCUGUUGCCAAGGGAACUAUUAACAACGAAACU